AUGGUUCAGGAGUCCUCGUCUGCUUCGGAUUCGGUGAUGUCAGAGGGGUCGCGGGCAUCGACUGCUGAAACUCAAGUCAAGAGCGAUGAUGACAUCCAGUUCAAGAAAAACCCAAAGGUUAACAGAGGUUUGCUAGCAUUACUUGAUGACGCAUUUAAAUAUUCGGCUUAUGACGAAUAUUCGAUGCCCGAUGGCUUCUUGAGAACCAAAAAACGAGCUGCAGCGAGCCAGAAUUUAGAGAAUCAUGUUACACAAGACUUAGAUGCAGUUGAUUCUCACGAAACGGUGCUAGCUAGUCGAGAUGGGUAUGUCAGCUCCGCCUCAAAAAGCGUUACUCCACUGGAUUUCAGUGGGACUCUUGAAUCUCGCAGAAGCUCAAGAACUAUCGUUAAAGCAUCGCCUGAUGACGAAAUGGACCAGCGACCACAAUCCAAAGGCCCUUCGAACUCUGUGAAAGUACAUACCUCGUCCAAAGUUUCCAUUCACAAGAGUAGGAGUCCAAUCGUGAAGCCUACGAGAAAAUCGGCAAAGGCCAGGACAUCAUCAAAGAGAAGUGUUGGUCGUCCCAAGAAAGUACCCAACUACAAAGACUCAUUUGUGGGCGAUUGGGCCUCUGCAUUCACCACGUUGCCGGAACUUUUUGAUCUGCAAGAGUGUCACGAACCCACUGCUUUUUUAUCAGAGCUUGUACAUUCCUGCCGCGUAACGCUGCGAAGAAGCGAACAAGACAAGGUUGUAACGUUACGGUACAUUUUGUAUCCAGAAUUUGAGGAAAAGUUUGUGAUCAACUUUUCGUCAGAUCUCUCCAAGUACAAUCCAAUGAGCGAGGUUGGUCGUAUUGUAGAGUUCACCGGACUCGUUUAUGUACCCGCGAAAUACAGCUCGCAAAUGAAAUCUCAGAUAAUAACGCCUUUGAACAAGGCAUUUGAUCAAGAGAAUGAAAGUGACUUUAUUAGUGUAGUGAAUCGGUACAACGAUUUCAUCAAGGCUAUUCCGAGGCACGAAGUCAUACAGCACUUGAAAUCACUUGACAAAAUCCCCACUGAGUUGCUGCACAGUAUUCUGCACAUGAUAUAUGUCAGAACAAUUCACCCCAACGCAAGCUCCCUCAAAAAAUACCAGGCCUUCAGUAACUACGUUUAUGGUGAACUUUUACCGCGAUUCUUGACAAACGCUUACAAGCAAUGCGAUCUCAAGCCAGACCACAUAUUCAUGGAUUUAGGUUCCGGAGUUGGGAACUGCGUUUUCCAAGCGGCUGCAGAAUUCGGAUGUAAGCUGAGUUUCGGCUGUGAGUUGAUGGCACAUGCGAGCACGCUGACUGAAGCACAGACCAAAGAAUUCAAGAAUCGAUUUCGGCUAUAUGGGCUCAAAGUUGGAGCAACCCAGUUUUCUUUAAGGAAAAGUUUCAUUGAGAACCCGGCUGUGCAGGAAUUAUUGCCGCAAUGCGAUGUCCUGCUAGUCAAUAAUUUCAUAUUUGACGCGCAGCUUAAUGACCUGGUAAGAAAGCUGAUCCAGCCUUUAAAGGUAGGUUGUAAAAUCAUCACGCUAAGAAACUUGAGGCCACUGGGAUACACAAUGGAUUGCAGUAACGCAGACAGCAUUUUGAACAGGCUAAAAGUGGAGAAAUUCGAUCUGGCAGAGGAUAGCGUUUCGUGGACACAUCGAGGCGGGGAAUACUAUGUCUCAACUGUGCUGGAGGAUAUCGACGAAUCCAUAUUUCUGAUGCACUCCAAAGGUCGCGUGAGGGCCAGAGCGCCAAUAAAGUACACACGGUGA